AUGAAGGAAAAUUUUCGACAAUCCAUUGCAACCAAGUCUUUAUCCACAUACAUAUACCGUAACUCAAUGCCCACAAUCAAGGAUCUAGAUCAAUUCUUUGAAUUGUCUACAGACUUAGUAGCCAAUUUUCCAUCGACAACACUUUCAAUAACAUAUUCAAACACUGCCAAAAAGCUAUCUUCCAAAGCAUCUAAAUCAACUACUACUGACGAAUCUUCCUCCACUACGAAACACAAACCACCAACACAUACGAUAAACAUCAAACUAUUUGAACCACAUACCGGUAAAUGUUUGAAAUACAAAACCACAAAACAAAAGGAAUUCAGUCGUGUAUUAAACGUGUUGGGUCCGCAAGGUGUGAACAGUAAUGGAUUAGGAUUGGCUAGCUUGAUGUCAAAUCAAAAAUAUGUUCCUGAACCUGUAGUAGAAGAAAGUAAGAAAGAUGCUGGUGCUGAUGAUGCCGUCUUGACCAAGGAGAAUACACCAGUUGUUGAAGAGAGUACGACAGCCACGGGUGGAUCUAAAAAGAAGAAUAAGAAAAAGAAGAAAAAGAAUUAA